AUGACCACCAAUACUUCCAGAGAGACCUACGGUGCAGGAACCACUGUUGACACGGAAUUCCUUCCACUUCCUGCUGAGUGUCAAAGACUACUACGCCUCUUUGCUGCAAGAACACCCGGUUUCAACAAAGAUGAAUCUCUCCUCAGCGGAGUCAACUUCCACGGCGAUGAUCUUCCCUGUAUCCCAGGACCCAUAAAGUCUCAAGCCGUAACAGCAGUCCUACAUGCAAUGGUCGGUAUAGUCGGUCUCGAGAUCCUUCACCUUCGCGGCAUCACCACCCGCAACCAAACAGACAUCGAUGUCAACCAUGCAGGCCUCUACCCCGCUACCGCAGCACUUGUCAAUGUCGACGGCGUCACAGGCCCAGAGGUCAUCAAGUUGCCGACUGUCCCUCAGUGGGAUAAGGACCGUGCUUCUAAUUCGCCGCUUGUGUACCGUGCAACGGCUAUCUAUGAGACUGCUGAUAAAGGCGUAUGGUUCCAACUUCACGGCUCGCUUGAUUCGUGGAAGAUGCUGGCCCUUAUUGGUAUUAGUAAGGAUCUCGAUACUGAGAUUCGUACCAACGAUGCUGCGUAUGAGCUCAUUCAGGAGCGAGUUCGUACGUAUCGCGCCCGGGAAAUUGAGCAGCUCAUGGUGGAGAAGGGUCUGUCAGGGUCAAUUGUCUACUCUCCUGAAGAAUGGCGUCAAACGGAGAUGGGCAAGUCUCUCUCACGACAUCCUCUGGUCAAUUACAAACAACGGACCCAGUGCGCAGCCCUCCCGCCUGUUUAUUUUCCCGUGCUCGAGGACAAAAGACCACUUGCUGGUAUCAAAGUUGUCGAGUUGACUCGCAUUAUAGCUGGUGCAGCUGCCGGCGCCGCCCUCGCAUCUCUGGGCGCCGAGGUCAUCCGCGUCAAUUCGUCCAAGCUCAAGGAUUACACGCCAGCUCAACCCUCUUCCCUGAUGGCUGGCAAGACAACCAUUGACCUUGAUCUCGAAGACCCAGCUGAUCAUAAGAGAUUGAUGCAACUCUUCGAGCAAGCCGAUGUCAUCUUGCAAGGCUAUCGCUUAGGAUCAUUGGCCCGAAGAGGCUUUGGUCUCGAGGCGGCCCUUGAACUGGCAAAUAAACGAGGAAAGGGGAUCGUGUAUGUGGAUGAGAAUUGCUAUGGUCCUGACGGUUACUAUGCAGAGCGACCGGGGUGGCAGCAGGUUGCCGAUGCCGCAGCUGGGAGCUCAUAUGUCAUGGGCCAGUCGUUUGGCUGUCCAAAAGGUCAAGGUGUCCUGCCCAGUCUGCCCAUCUCAGACAUGUCUACAGGUAUCCUAACUGCCCUGACCAUCAUGUGUGGUAUUCGAGAUCGAGCCAAGUUUGGAGGAUCAUAUCAUGGCCAUGCCUCACUUACAGCUUAUAACAUGGCGACUAUGGAUCCUGAGGUUCGCCUGUAUCAAAGGGAGGUAGUUCAGAGGAUCAACGACAAGUAUCAGUUCCCUACUUGGUCGAGCGAUGUACAUGUUGCACCUCUGUACUAUUCCAUCUUGGACGCUUGGGGGAAGAACAGCGAUCUCAUCAAGGAUGAAAAGUACUAUGUCCACUUCUCGGAUUCUGUUUUUGGGUCUGACUUACGCGUUCUUGGACCGGUGGUGCAGUAUGACAAGGAAGAGUACUCGCCAAAGUGGAACAGUCCACCUGUGUCAUUCUGCCAUCAUGAAUUCAGGCCUUUUUCAGAUCAUUGA